AUGGCGGGCAGUGACAAGGCGCUGGGCGGCGCAAUGAUGCUUGCCGCCGCAGUAGUAUUCACUUACUACACCAUCUGGGCUCUCUUGCUACCAUUCUUCGACGCGUCGAGCCCCCUCCACGAAUGGUUCCCGGCCAGGGAAUGGGCCGUACGCUUACCAGCAUUUAUCCUCUUCGUCGGCAUCACAGCCAUCGGGUCAUUUGUCGGAAUGACGAUAGUGAAGGAGAACAGGAAGAAGGCGGCAAAAGCCCGUCUUCGCAGUGCGUAA